GUUUAAAGUCGACAUUACUAGUAUUUGACCUACUGUUCCUGGUUUAGUAUCGUUCCGUUUAAAGACAUUACUAGCAUUGACCUCCUAUGACUGGUAUUAGUAACUAGUAUCAUUCCAGUUACGAACACACGACCUUUAUUUCAAACUACGGAUGUCUGCUGUAUCAUCCUGAACUCCGCUCCUUGGAUUUAACUUAGAUUGAAUCAAGAUAAGUCACUGGGACAACUUAUAUAUAUAUGUGACACGAUAGAUCUAAAGACCACAGAGAUUAUUUGGCGAUCAUGGCAAGUGUUUACAUAACGUCUGCAGUUCUUUUGUCACUGGUAGGAGUUGUACUAAGUACAUGUCCUUCUGGUGACUUGAGUUUUGGAGGGAAAUGUUACUAUUUUGGAAGAGAUAUUGAGAAUGAGAGAAGAGGACAUGAGAUUUGUAAGGCAAGAGGAGGCCAAUUAGCCAGCAUUAAUUCUAAAGCAGAAGAUGAUGCUAUCAUCCAACACAUUGAAAGCAUGAACUUGCCUUAUAGCAUAGCCGGCUAUUUAAUUGGAGCUCAAGAUGAGAUAUCCGAGGGUACAUUUGUAUGGGAGGACGGGACUUCAUUGGCAUACAGUAACUGGGGACCAGGACAGCCUGAUAACUAUGUAUCGGCAGAGGAUUGUGUCACUCUUUACCGUCCUUUGGGUCUAUUGAGUCACUAUAAAUGGGCCGAUGUAAACUGUGAUGUGGCCGUAGAGUUUUACAUUUGUGAAGCAAGUGAUGGAGGCGUUGAUGUCGUCGGGUAAAAAUGACACUUGUUCAGAUGAUUAGCUAAAGAGACGUAUCUUUGUUGCUGAGAAUUGAUAGCAAAUAUAAUACAUUAUACUAAAU